AUGCUUGUUUCUGUUGGUGCCACAACAGCAUUAAUGUGUGAUCCAUUGGUUAUUGGUAAUAAUGGUGACAAAUUAACAGCAUUUUGGUAUAAAAAUGAUGAAAUUGUAGCAAAAGUAACUAGUAAUUCAAAUGCAAUAUUAUAUAAUAGAGAAGUUAAAACAAAUCAUUUUAUACCUGAAGUUGGAUUUCUUAUAAUAUCUAAUAUAUCUUAUGAUGAUGAAGGUUUUUAUUAUUGUAAAAAUACUGACAAUUCUAAUACUGGGGAAACAAUUCAUUUAAUUAUAGCAUAUAUAGAUCAACUUCCAGAUAAUAAAAAAGAAUUAAAUAUGUCUCCAUCAAGACCUUAUUUAGGAGAUUCUGUUCGAUUAGAUUGCCCAACAACUGAUGCAUAUCCAGAUCCAUCCGUUAAAUGGCAUAGAAAUGGUAUUGAUCUUGAUUAUACAAAUAGUCGUUUUGAAGUAUUAACUAAUGGUUCACUUUUAAUUAAUCGUAUACAAUCUCAGGAUAUUGGAUUUUAUUCAUGUAUAUUAUCAAAUUUUGCUGGUCACACAAAAGGAACAGUUUUUGUAGAUAUUUAUAAUGAUGGUAAUAUACAUAACUAUAAAAUAACAUCAUCAUUACAUCAAGUAUCUUUAAUAUCAAUAUUUCGUUCAUUGGAUAAAAUUCAACUUAAAUAUGGAUUAUUAUGGUUUACCUUAAUUUGCCUUACCUUAAGUUCCAUUGUAUUACUUUAUCUUUUAAUUGAUAUAUUAAUAUCAAAAAAAGGAUUUAGAAACAAAUUUAGUCAAAUAUUAUUAUCUUUCUAUUGUAUAAGACGGGAUAAUGGACCUGGUUAUGGUAAAAUAAUUGUACCAGCACCAGAUUUUGUUUAUAGGCGAAAUGAAAAUGCCUCAUCACCAUUUAAUAUUUAG